UCCAAUCGAAUCAAAGAAAACGAUCCCGAUCCCGAUAGGAAAAUAUCGAUACUCAUCUUCUCCAUGCUUUUGGUUAUCCAUUCAAAGACCACGUGAAAAAGUGGUUUUGUUUUUUGUUAAUCACUUUAAUUCAGUUCAAUUUAUCUGUGAUUUAAUUGUUUGUUGGUGUUCAUCUUAUUGUCGUGGAUUGAUAAUGGAGGUUUGUUCUCCGGUUAAAGAGAAAAAAUCCAAGAAAAAGGACAGAAAAUCGACCAGUGAUGGCGAUUUCGCCCUUAAACCCUCAUCCCUUGGUGGAAACUUGAAUGCUGAUGAUUGGCCUUUAUUAUUGAGAAAUUUUGAUAAACUUAAUAUUCGAUCAAAUCAUUUUACUCCUCUUCCUAAUGGAUGUUCACCUUCUAAACGUGAUAUUCGUGAAUAUAUUAAAUCGGGUUUCAUCAAUCUGGACAAGCCUUCUAAUCCCUCUUCUCAUGAGGUUGUUGCAUGGAUCAAACGGAUUCUUCGGGUUGAAAAGACUGGACAUUCGGGCACACUUGACCCUAAAGUUACUGGUUGUCUGGUUGUUUGUAUUGAAAGAGCUACUAGACUUGUUAAAUCACAACAAGGUGCAGGUAAAGAGUACGUUGGUGUAUUUCGCCUCCAUGGACCUGUUGAAGAUGAAAAGAAAGUGCUAAAUGCCGUUGAAACGUUAACUGGUGCACUUUUCCAGAGACCUCCAUUAAUUUGUGCAGUUAAGCGACAACUUCGAGUUCGAACAAUUUAUGAGAGUAAAUUAUUAGAAUUUAAUAAGGAUAAAGGAAUUGGUGUCAUUUGGAUUAGUUGUGAAGCUGGAACUUACGUUCGAACCCUUUGUGUUCAUAUUGGUCUUGUUCUAGGAACAGGAGGUCAAAUGAUUGAGCUAAGACGAAAUCGAUCCGGAAUUAUGACAGAAUAUGAUAAUCUUGUUUCCAUGCAUGAUAUUCUAGAUGCUCAAUGGUUACACGAUAAUCAUAAUGAUGAAUCGUAUUUACGUCGAGUUAUCCAACCAUUAGAAGCACUUUUGACAUCACAUAAAAGAAUCAUAAUGAAAGAUUCAGCAGUUAAUGCGAUCUGUUAUGGAGCCAAAAUUAUGUUACCUGGAGUUUUGAGAUUCGAUGACGGAAUUGAAAUUGGUCAAGAAAUAGUUAUCAUCACAACUAAAGGCGAAGCGAUUUGCAUAGCCAUCGCUCUAAUGACCACUUCAACAAUCGCUAGUUGUGAUCAUGGUGCUGUUGCCAAAAUCAAGAGAGUUGUAAUGGAACGAGAUUUAUACCCUCGAAGAUGGGGCUUAGGGCCAACUGCAUCUCUUAAAAAGAAGAUGAUCAAAGAAGGUCUUCUAGAUGAUAAAGGAAAACCGAACGAUAAAACACCCAAAGAUUGGCUUAAAUCGUACACUAGUUUUUCUCAUUACGGUGAAUCAAGUGGAACCAAAAACGGCACUGCCGCCGCCGAACCAGUGGCCCCACAAAUAGGUGAUGAAACUUUCAUAGAUACGACGAUAGUUAAGACCGAACCAGCUGACACCGCUGAAGAAACCGGAGAUGAGCCAGAGAAGAAGAAGAAAAAGAAGAAAAAGAAAGACAAAGAGAGAGACAGAGAUGACGAUGAAUGAUCCUUAUGAUCUCAGCUCAGAAAAUAUAUCGAACUUUUUUUCUGUAACUUUUCGAAUUUGGUUCUCUUUUCCUCUCUCACAAAGAAUUUAUUUUUUAAUUGUGGACAAUCUAUCGGAAAUAGCUCACAAUCAUCUUUCUCAUCUCUCAUUAACGAGUUGAUCCAUUAAUUACUUUGAAAUAAAAUCGUUAAAUUGUGUAUA